AUGCUUCAAAAAUUGCUUCUCCUAAUUUUGAUUUGUUAUGCGACAGCUGAUAAAAUCGAAACAGAUGGAAGGGGAGGAGGUUAUUCGGUAUGUAAAUAUUUUUGUUUUUUUAUCACCAUCAAAAAAAAAUUGAAAAUAAAAAGUUUUAUAUUUUUAUUGAGUAAUGACUCAACUUAAAAAUCAUGGGUUCUGUCAGAUUUUUUGGAGAGGUUUGUGAUUUAUUUUUCUUCUAACGAUAAGCUUUCUAUCUAGUUAUGUAUUAAGCUUCUCCUCGAUUUUUUCUAAAGUGAUAUCAUUUGGCCAAUGACCAAAUCGUCGAAAUUCUAGUUUUCACUGAUUUUUUAACAACGAAAAAUGUUGUAAUUCAAAAAAUUUAUCUGCGAUCUGACCGGUCAGCCCGAUUUGUUUCCCACGAUUUCGAUCUUUCUCAGGGAUUUGAUUUUUUGAUGAUCAGCCAGAUUUUAUUCAUCUUUUGUAGAUGAUCAGUGACAUCAUUUUGGUUCGAUGGUUUAAGGAAGCCAUUUUGAGGAAAGCUAAUUGAUAGUUUUGCUAAACAUAGAUCAACAGCUGAUAGAGAACCACCGUAAGAACGCACAUACAGCCUAUGGGCAAGGCGUCACACAAAAAACGUUCCCUAGCCUCAAAACAUGUUUCAUGUAUUUUGUCAAAUACUAACUUGGCCUAAAAUUUAACAAUUUUAGUUUCAAGAAAAUCCGUCAAGUUUGAGCUCAAAUACUUUUUCAUUUUAAACCUCUUUGAAACAGUUAAAAAAGUCCAAAACUCAGAUGUUUAGUACCCAAAUCCAAACAUCGCAUAAAUCAAAAACUGAAUACACAUAAUCGAAUUUCGAUUUUUCUGCUGCUACUCUCCUCCUUUCUCCUUUCGCUUAUCCAAUUAAUCAAUCGAAAUUGAAAUUGACGACGAUAAAAAGAUAAUGUCGGCAUUCAAAAAUUUGUAUUCUUUUCCGAUAGUUAUUAUUAUUAUUAUUUAUUAAUGGGUCAUGAGUAUAACCUGGAUGAGGUUAAAAUUUUAAAAUAAAAAAAAUUGAAUUUUUUUUUAUUUCAGUUGUUCACAUGGAAAUGGGAUGAUGUACAUACAGUUUACUUAAUUAGUGUUUGGUUGCUCGUCGCAUCGCUAGCCAAAAUUUGUGAGUUAUUUAUUCUAAAUUUCAGCAAAACUAUAAUUGUUUGCAGUAUUCAAAUUAAUGAAACCAAUCUCACAUAUUCUUCCGGAUUCUUCACUUUUAAUCAUUGUUGGACUUGCUAUUGGGUAUUUUCUGAAUCAAACUUCACUUUCUGGAACAUCACUUGAUUCGCACACUUUUUUUCUCUAUUUAUUACCACCAAUCAUUUUUGAUGCGGGUUAUUUUAUGCCAAAUCGAGCGCUUUUUGAGAAUUUUGAUUCGGUUUUAUUGUUCUCUGUUGUUGGCACAUUAUUUAAUACAUUUGCAAUCGGAGGAUCAUUGAUGUUUAUGGCGGGUUAUGGUGUUUUUACAGUCGAGUUCUCGUUAUUUGAGAUUUUUGUGUUUUCUGCAUUGAUAUCGGCUGUUGAUCCGGUUGCUGUUAUUGCGAUUUUUGAGGAGAUUCAUGUUAAUGAAUUUUUGUUUAUCAAUGUUUUUGGGGAAGCUUUGUUCAAUGAUGGAGUUACUGUGGUAAGUGCAAAAUAUAAUUAUCGAAGUGUAUUUUUUCUCUCACUUCCAGGUUCUCUAUCAAAUGUUCAAAAGUUUCGCAGUCAUUGGAGCUGACAAUUUAUCUGCUUUCGAUUAUGCAAUGGGUGGUUUAUCAUUUUUCGUAGUUGCAUUAGGUGGAGCUGCAAUCGGUGUUAUAUUUACAAUUGUUGUCAGCUUAGCAACAAAAUAUUCAUUUGAUGUCAAGAUUGUUGCCCCCGUUUUCAUUUUUGUUUUACCGUAUAUGGCGUAUUUGACGGCUGAAAUGGUUUCAUUGUCUUCAAUUAUAGCGUGAGUGAUAUUUUUUCAAGAGAAAACAAUCUCGAAAUGUAUUUUUUUUAGCAUCGCAGUUUGUGGAAUGUUGAUGAAACAAUAUGUAAAAGGAAACAUUUCGCCAUCAGCCGUAAAUUCUGUCAAAUAUUUUACAAAAAUGUUAGCCCAAAGUUCCGAAACUGUAAUCUUCAUGUUUCUCGGACUUUCAACAAUUUCAUCCGAUCAUCAUGUUGACUUAUAUUUUAUUAUUGCAACAGUAGCAUUUUGUCUAAUCUAUCGAGCGAUUGGAAUUGUUGGACAAUGUUUCGUUUUGAAUAAACUCCGCGGAAAGAAAUUCUCAAUUGUCGAUCAAUUUAUAUUGAGUUAUGGUGGAUUGCGUGGUGCAAUCGCUUAUGGUUUAGUUGUCUCAAUGCCAGCCUCAAUAAAAGCCAAGCCCAUGUUCAUAACAGCUACAAUUGUAGUGAUUUAUUUCACAGUUUUCCUACAGGUUUCAGAAACAAUGCCGUUUUGAAUUAAAAUAAUCUUUAAAAAUGGUUGCAGGGAAUGACAAUCAAACCAUUGGUAAAUUGUUUGAAAGUUAAAAGAAAGGAAGAUCGAGAUCCAACUAUGGCUGAAAGUGUUUAUUUGAAAUAUUUGGAUUAUAUGAUGUCUGGUGUGGAAGAUAUUGCAGGAAUGAAGGGACACUAUACGUUUAUUGAAAAGUAGGUUAUUUUUGGAAACUUGAACAGGAAGAAAUUCCGCAAUUUGAUGAUUUUGCUCGUAUGAAUUUCUCAAAAAUUUUGAUCAAUUUCGAUUCAGAAAUCUCUGAAGAUAAAACCAAAAUUUCUCCCCCACAAAUAUCUUUGCAUAAUUUCUUCAGUUUCGAACGAUUCAAUGCAAAAGUGAUCAAACCCGUUCUGAUGCGUCACGAAAAACGACAAAGUUUCGACGCAACUUCAAUUAUCCGCGCAUACGAAAAGAUAACCCUUGAAGACGCAAUCAAACUAGCCAACACUAAAUCAACAAUUCAAAAUAAGCGACUAGAAAAAAUCAAGAGUAAUGCAAGAAACAUUGAAAAUAGAGUGCAACCUUCUUCACAAAUGACAGUUACACCAAAAGAUGCACAAUUGAAACGAUAUGUGGAGAGCGGAGAAAAUAUUGAUAUUUUGUACAAAUUAUUCAGCGAUUUAUUGGAUCGAAAACUGUCAGAAAUGAAUGGAGGAGAAGUUCCAAGAUUUACGUUAACAGGAACAUCAAGUGAGGAUGAUAUUCAAGAUGAUUAUAUGGCCGAACUGGUUGGUGUCAUAUUGUAAUAUUGUUAUAAAAAUAUAAUAUUUUCAGGGCUCUCGCUCAAAUGUAAAUACAGUUCAUCGAAGUCUAGAAGCUUUACCAUCAGAUCAAACUUUCAAUCGAGGCCGUCGACAAAGUACAGGAGGCCUCAAACGAACAGAAUUCAAUGUUUAA